CCAAAAAAUGACGUGUUAACACAUGACGUGUACAUAAAAACGACGUCGUCUCUAUCACUUAAACCCAUAUUUAAACACAACACAUUUCACUCAUUCUAUCACAAUUCUCAUUUUCUUCUCUCUAGAUUCUUAAGCAGUAACCAAAACAGAGAAUCAAAACAAUGGCUUUCUUCUCCGCUGCGACAUCUCUUCUCCUCCUCGUCCUCUCUGUUUCCUCUCCUUAUGUUCAUGGAAACAUUGUACCAGCCGACGAGUGCACCACCCUUGUUGUUACCCUGUUACCAUGUUUAUCUUUUAUAACGAUCGGGAGUACGGUGGAUACACCCUCAAGUUCGUGCUGCUCCAGUCUCAAGAAUAUUCUCGAUACGAAACCGGAAUGUCUAUGCGAAGGGUUGAAGAACAGUGCCUCUUACGGAAUAAAACUUAAUGUUACUAAGGCUACUACUCUUCCCGUUGCUUGUAAAGUUAAUGCUCCUCCGGCGUCAGCUUGUGGUGCAUUGUCUCCUGCUAGUCCUCCUGCUGCUAAUGCGCCAGGGAAAUGGAAUUUUUUUGGACUUCUUGCUUGAAUCAAGUUUUGGUCUGCGUUAUAACAAAUAUUUAGUCCCUUUUCGUCUUAUAAAGCUUGUGUGGAUGUGAUCUCUAGUGUAAUGUGCCAUGGUCAUGUAAUAUGAGAAGAGCUUUGUCAAAA